AUGGCAGAUACAGUGCAAAUAACGAUGGAAAAGAUGGUACCAGAACUUGAAGAUCUGCAGGCUCGCAAGCUCUUCUCGGCAGAUGAAAUUCGACAGAUUGUCGACAAACGUCGUGGCUUUGAGUACUCGCUCCAACGCGUGCCAUUGCGUAAAAUCGACGCCAUGCGCUACAUUGAAUACGAGCUUAAAUUGGACGCAUUACGUGCAGCGCGUAAGGAGCGACUUGGUCUUGAGAAAGUCACGCUAGGCGACACGGCAGGUGUCAAGAGAGUGCACAACAUCUUUGACCGCGUGUUGUUCAAGCAUCGCGGAAGCGUCGAGCUCUGGCUUCAGUAUGUGGCCUUUUGCAAGCGAGAAGGCAGUAGUCGUGUACUUUCUGCCGUCUUUUCGAGAGCGUUGCAAUCGCAUCCACGCAAUGCCCAAUUGUGGAUCGAAGCAGCUUCUUAUGAAUUUGGUGUCAAUCUUAACGUUGACUCGGCGCGUGUGCUCAUGCAACGUGCAAUCCGUCUUAACAAGCACAACCAGAAGCUUUGGCUCGAGUAUUUUCGUCUUGAACUACUGUACGUACAGAAGUUGGUGAUGCGUCGUCAGGUGCUGCGUCUAGAUGAGGAGGUGGAGAAGGUCGUCAAUGAUGGAUCUACUGUGCUGGUUGUCGAGCUCCCAGAAGAGAAAUUGGUGGAAGAGGAUGAAGUAUCGGACGAGGUGGCAGCGAAAAUGAAUGCGAGAAAGGUUGUACUGCAGGGAGCUAUUGCUAAGAUUGUAUACACGAAUGCUGUAGUGGCUGUUCCGGAUGAUGUGACGUUUCGACUUGAGUUUUUGAAGAUUCGUGACCUGUUUGGCGUGCACACGGCUGCAAAUCUGUCGGACUUUAUUUUGCAGGACUGCCUUGAAAACUUUCCAAAGAGUGAAGUCGUGCAUGCGGCAAAGGCGAUGCGUCCGUUUCUGGAAGUCAUGGAUAGUGCAGCCCUUCAUUCAGACGAGUCAGAGGGUAGUAGUGCGGAUGUGUGCGAGGCCGAGCGUCAAGCUGAGCUGCUGGUUGUGCACAACUUUGAGACUAGUGUGACACAACUAGACACUGUCUCAAUUAAGGAGAUCUUUGCAGAAUGGAUGGUGACACGUUUGGCUUCUUCCAGGCCGACGGCGUUCAUGCUGGAGUAUGCACGCGCUAAGCUUAAAGAAUUUGCGCUCGCAGGGUCAAGCACUUCUUCGUCUCUCGCCAUCAAGUAUGUCGACUUGAUUCACCGCACGGAUGGUACAGAUGAUGCGCUAAUGGUCGUGCGCAAGCUUUGCAACGAGUGCCUUCCACAAUCAGCGGAGAUCUGGCUGCUGCAGUCUCAGCUUAUGCUUCACGCCGACCACAAAGAAGUGGACACAAGCCACUCACCUUCUACUAAGCGUCGUCGAUCCUCGCACGGGUCAUAUAAGAAGAACGCUAUAUCGAACAGCAAUCCGAUGAGUGCCGCUGUCUUCGUCUUGAAGACAGCAUUAACGAAAAUUGCAGCUGGUGAGUACGACGCGCAGUUUGCAAUUCACAACCGUCUCCUGCAACUGCAAAUUAGCAUUGGAGAGACUCCGAGCAGUAUUGACAAGGCCUUCGAGAACGCCCUAGGCGCGCAGGAACGUGGGUCAGCACAUUGGAGUGCCCUCCGCUAUCAAUACGUCACUUGGGCUGCAAGCGCAACUUCCCAGCGAUCGUUGGAGCACGUUCGCUCGUUGUACACGAAGUUUAUGGUAGACGAGCAAUUGCUGCCUUCUUCCGAGACGUAUUCCUUCCUGUUGUUGUGCGUAGACAUUGAGACAUCCGCAACGUCGGUAAAUGUGGCGCAGGUGCGGAAACUGUUCGAAAAGCUAGUGGAGCUCUUUGGUUCGACGCAUGAAGAAGUUUUUGUGCGGUACGUGCGUUGCCUCUCAGAACAUCUCGGGCUGUUUGCCGAUGCGACGCGCAUUCAACAACGUGCACUCCGUAUCUGGAAAGAAUCUCCAAUUCUCAUGCAGUUUGCAUUCACUGGUCUGUAG